AAUUCUGUAUGCAAUUCAUCCAUAAUGCUACCAAUUUCUAAAGCUUUUGGGCAAAGGAAGCAUCUAAUAUUUUUUGUACUUUCAAUGAUUAUCACUGACAAAGCUAUAGGAGUUACAAAACAACAAAUAGCCAUUGGACAGUAUUAUUUUUCACAAACGGCUACAAUUCCAAAUUAUGGUUGGAGUGCAGAAACGCAUUCAUCAGCGGAACCAAUAUACGAUGAUACACUUUCUCAGUCCAAGCAAAAACAGCAUAAUGGCCAUUACAAAGAUAUUGGACGAAGUAAAACUCGAUUGUAUCCAAUUCCUGCAAAAAUUUUUUACAAAAAUCGUUUCAAAUUGCCACGUAAAAUCAAUGCGCAACAAAAAACGUUGGUAGAUAAUCAACAAAAAUUUCAAAUUACCCAACGCAAUACUACGAAGUUGACAACUGAAAGUUUUACACGAGGCGAGAGGAUAGUAAAUGUCCUUAUCAGAAUGAAUGUUGAGGAUUCCAAGGCAACGGUAUUUGGUGAAGUACCCUUUGUAGUUCUAAUAUCGCCUAAUCAGGUGUAUCGUGAAUUUACAAAAAACAUUAUAAGUGAUCAUACUGAAAAGAGCUUCGAUAGCAGUUAUUAUAAACUUAUUAGAUUGAUCGAAAGGUUUCAAGGAAAUACAAAAAGUUUGGCUAGUGAUUCUCUGAUGUUUAGUGAAAAAUUGGAUUAUUAUCAAUUAUGGAAUUUGAUAAUGCAAAUAAGAAAACGAUUAUUUCAUGAUAAUGCAGAAGUUCUAAAUCAAAUUUUGCAUGUUCGUGAAGAUAUUAAUAGUUUCAAGCAGGAUAUUGGUAAGGUCAAGAAAUUUCUACAACAAAUUUAUUUUAGUAACGAAACUUUAGCGUCCAGUAAAAUAAACAAUUAUUCUGAAAUAUCAGCGAAUCGAUUGCAUCCAAGUUUUGCUCACUAUCCUCGAAAACUAAAUACGUACGUUAAACAAGCAAGACCACUGUUUAUUGCUUUUGCACAAAUGGCAAAUAAUAACAAGUCAUCUGUUGGAAUUCAACUGGAAAAAAUGCCAGUGCUAAAAAAAAAUAAAUCCAGAAAUGAAGUACUGAAAUAUCGUAAUUCCAGGAAUAUCACAUUUUUAUCAGAAUUUAUGACUAAGCAAAAAUUUGCAAAUAAGGAUGUGAUGAUCAGUGGAAGAAGAAAAUUGCUUAAGAUUCUACCAAUAAAUAAGGAAAAAUCUGCAAUUUCUCAAGGAGUUGCGCCGGACCUUAUGGUAAACCUAAGUUCUCAAGUGGAAAUUACUAGUAUCCCAGAAAAUUCCAGGAAAUUUCUGGGCUUCCUUAAACCUGAAAUUAUAAAAAAUGAAACUUUGAAUGCAAGACGGGAAGAAAGCUUGGAAUCUAAACUGAAUACUUUAUCAAGCAAUAAUUUUUUUGAAGCAGUACCUUUAUUAAGUGAUCAUCAAGAAUUGCCGAUAAUCUCUGUGACUGAAGCUUACCGACCUUUUACAUUUGUUCGACUUACAGCAAAAUCAAGAAUAAAUUUCAGUAGAGGAAGUGAUAACUCAACUCUUACUCGCUGA